GCCGACACAACAGUUGAAGUCGCGUCGCAAACCGGAACGGUCGUGACGAGAAAGUCUCCGAGUGGAGCUAGUGCUAGGCAAGUUCUGUACUGAGUUGAAAGCGGUUGAAUUCAACUGAGUUGAAAGUGCAUUCCCACCUGAUCAGGUGUUGGUUACUUCUUGCGCGUUGUUACAGUAGCAGCAGCAGGUGCUCGUGUGAAACAUCGCGUGGGCGAUAAGUGCGAGGCGGACAAGUGCAACAGUAAAUGUUUGGCGCUUGUGAAAGCGGCGACCCCCGGCUUGGCGCAUCCUCGGCAUUGGGCGCCAGUUCUCACAGCGAAAGUGAAAGUGAAAUUCCUCAAUCUCGGAUUUUUCCGCUCCAGGAGUGCGUUUUUUGGUAAAUUCGGUGUCUUUGGAUAGUGCCAGUUCGCAGAUUCUCUGGAAACAAGUUCUCACGCAAAUUACGGCCAAGAUAUUGCGAAAUCCGAACCGAGAAAUUAUAUCAAGUGUUGGAUGUGAUCCGGAGUCGGCUAUCGUUUACCUUUCCCAGGUGCAAUUUUCGGAUCAGUUGCGUGCAAUUAGCGCCGUUUAGUUCGCUGUUGACACUGGCAAAUAGUCGCGGUAACCCGUCGUCCGUCAUAGCUGCUGCCGCCGCUGGAGUCUGUCUCCAGCCCAGCUGCAUCGGGAAAGUGCAUUUUGCGGUAUCGUCGCUGCUGCGGAGCGCUCAAAAUGCCAGUGUCGCUUACUGUGAAGAGCAUCGGCGUGCAGUUCAGCGUCAGCCUAUCCGUGCGUAGAAAUUCCAGUGUAAAUCUCUAAUUGAAUUAAUAAUAACUCAACUUCGAACGUGCAAUUGUAAAUUCCUUUCCUAAAGUGCGCUCGGUUUCAAGUGCAUGUAUCGAAUGUGGAUUCAGUGCCCAAUCCAGUGACUGGUUUUCUCGGUGCGAAAACGACAUGAAGCUGCGAAUAAAUAGAUAAAUCAAAGCGAGUGCAGCUACACACAAUCGCCACUUGUUACGUUUAGUGAGUUUUGUUGCAGAUAUGACCCCCGAAAAGACAAAAACAACAUCGGCAACAGCAACAACAACAAGUCAUUGGGGGCUACUUGAACCGACUAGACCGUAGACUACGUAGUCAGUAAGAAAAAUCUCACGAGACUUUUGAGGCCACAGCAACCGAACAAAAAGACAAACCAAUGGAGUCGGUAAUAUACUCCCAUAAGAUUAAUUUAGCAUCGAUUAUUCGGUCGCCAGUCAUUAGUUCUUUAAAUCGUUAGUCAAUUUAAUUUACUAGCAAAUUGCACGGGUCAACGCGGUGACUAUGAGUGACGAGACACGGAUCGAAAAAAUGCCACUGGUUUCCAGCCAAUUUCGGAACAAUUAUCCUUGCGACUUUCGACAUUUUCAAAGUUUUUAGAGUAUUUUGAAUCCAAUUCGAGCGGCGAAAUUGGCAAGGAAAAAGGGUCAGCAGUUUUCUUCUGAUAUAACGACGGCAUGGCUCUGGGCGCAAUUAGAGCCACGGGAAAUUAUCUUAUUCGUCGCUGGUUGUUGUCAUUGAUUGGUGGUUUUCGUGUUUGUGUAUCUGUUACGAUUGUGCUAAUUGCUAUGUGUGCGUGGCUUAAAGUUUCGGUAGGCGAGGCUGCCACAACCCCGGUGGCUGUCACCGCCGAUGAAAGCUCGAUAACAAGUGAUGGAAUUAUACGAGAAACGGUAGUGCUACCUUCAUCGGAUUCAGAACGCGAAGCUCAGGAAUUGUACGAGAAAACGCUACGAGAUUAUAACGUUCGCGAAGGACGAACUUUGCGAAAAAUUUGCGAACCAUGGCUGAGACGAGGAUGUCAAUGCAGUGGAGACUCUACUCAAGUCAAGUUGGUGUGCCGCGGACUGGGAUUUCUUGAUAUACCACUCGAUAUCCCUGAAGAAGUUAUACAUUUAGAUUUAGGAAGCAACAACAUUACAUAUUUGGCAGCUAAAUCAUUUCAAACACUACAGGAUUUGGAGGAGCUAGUAUUAUCAGACAAUAUUAUAGCAAAAAUAGAUAAGGAUGCAUUCCGUGGAUUAAUAAAGCUGAAACGUCUUUCAUUACAAAAUUGUGGCCUUACAGUUGUACCCAGCGAAUCUUUUAAAUCGAUACCAAAUCUUGUAUCUCUGCAAUUAAAUGGUAAUGCCUUAACUCAUAUGGAUGAUGGAUGCCUUAAAUAUCUGCAGCAUCUUCGUAGUUUACGACUGGAAGGGAAUCGGCUGGAUCGUGUUCCAACUGAAGCCUUAAAUGGACUUAAAUCACUAGAAGCACUAAAUCUUGGCAAUAAUUACCUCUCAACAAUAUCGGAAGGUGAUUUUCCCCAUAUGCACAAUUUGGUUGUAUUAUUAUUAAAACGCAAUAAAGUUGUGGAGAUGCGGAGUGGAUCCUUGAGCAAUUUAACAAAUUUAAAAGUCCUGGAGCUCGAUGAUAAUUUGCUGACGUCGCUGCCAGCCGGAUUAAAUACGCUGAAUCAACUACAAGACUUCUCCGCCUCUAAUAACCGCAUCAAAACCAUCUCUUACUCCGAUCUGCCGCGAAAUCUAGUCUCUUUGGAACUACGUGGUAAUCCGCUGGCAGCAGGAGGUAUCAAACAGGAUGCUCUGAUGAACAUGACGCGUCUUCGCAAACUAACCCUCUCAGAUGUUAGAAAUCUUAAGGAGUUCCCGACAUUGGAUGGUUGCAUGUCCUUGGAAGUAAUCCGUUUGGAUCGAGCUGGCAUUGAGGAUGUCCCGGAGAGUUUAUGCCGGCAUUCAUCGAGAUUGAGAAGUUUGGAGCUCAAAACAAAUCGACUGAAAAGGAUUCCGGAUCUGCAUGCAUGCCGGGAGCUAAGGUUGUUAGAUCUUUCGAACAAUCGAAUUGACUCGCUACAUGGAAAGCCGUUCCAAGGAUUAGGGCAGCUUCACGAUUUGCUUGUGUCGUAUAAUUUGAUUGAAACCAUUCCAUAUGACGCGUUCGUGGGAAUUCCGAAACUCCAAGUACUGGAUUUGGAGGGGAACCGGAUCAAUUUCAUCCAUGAUAAUGCUUUUACAGUAUUCACUCAAUUAGAGGACUUAAAUUUAGGAAAUAACAUUUUUCCCAACUUGCCAACCAAUGGACUGAAUCGCUUACUUCACCUGAAAACAUUUAAUAACCCAAAACUGAGGGAGUUUCCUUCGCCGGAAGUGUUUCCAAGAAUUCAGACUCUAGUCCUAUCUUAUGCAUAUCAUUGCUGUCCAUUCCUUCCGUUAGUUGCUGCGAGUCAAACCUCGAAAACACCACAGCUGUUCCAGGAAGCUGUCCUUUUUCCGUCGGAUUCCGAGUUUGACAUGAGUUUAUGGAACAACAGCCUGACAGAUAUUUGGCCUCAACUACAUAACAUCAGCAAGAAGUUUGGGCCACAAAUCAACGAGCUAUGGGACUCCUUCGGACAAGAUUUCAUUUAUCCUGGCAAUUUACCAGCAUAUGUGGAGGAGUACUUCGAGGAAGACAACAUGAACACAAUAAAACCGCUGGGAUCUGAAGUAACGCCAGGUUCAAUCCAGUGUUUGCCACUUCCAGGGCCGUUCUUACCGUGUCGAGACCUUUUUGACUGGUGGACAUUACGAUGUGGAGUUUGGGUUGUAUUUCUCCUGGCCAUGCUCGGAAACGGAACAGUCGUUUUUGUUUUAAUUUUCUCACGAUCGAAAAUGGACGUGCCCAGAUUUCUAGUAUGCAACCUGGCAGCAGCGGAUUUUUUCAUGGGCGUCUACCUAGGAUUGUUGGCCAUAGUGGAUGCUUCCACCUUGGGAGAAUUUAGAAUGUAUGCUAUCCCGUGGCAGAUGAGCGUGGUGUGUCAAUUGGCUGGCUUUCUAGCAGUAUUAUCCUCCGAGCUGUCUGUAUACACCUUGGCUGUUAUCACCCUGGAGCGAAACUAUGCCAUCACUCAUGCUAUUCAUCUCAACAAGCGGCUAUCUCUGCGGCAGGCUUCGUAUAUAAUGCUUUUCGGGUGGAUUUUCGCGAUAACUAUGGCGACUUUGCCUCUCUUCGGUAUUUCCGACUAUCGGAAAUUUGCAGUUUGUUUGCCAUUCGAAACCACGACAGGCAUUGGAAGCCUAAUAUACGUGGUAGCUCUAAUGUUCAUAAACGGCUGCGCUUUUUUAACUUUGAUGGGUUGUUACUUGAAAAUGUACUGGGCGAUACGAGGCUCACAAGCAUGGAAUACGAAUGAUUCGCGAAUUGCAAAACGUAUGGCAUUAUUGGUUUUCACUGACUUUCUCUGCUGGUCGCCAAUUGCAUUCUUUGCGCUGACAGCCACUUUUGGCGUCCAGCUUGUAUCCUUAGAGCAAGCAAAGAUUUUCACGGUAUUUGUUCUCCCGUUGAACUCCUGCUGUAACCCGUUUCUAUAUGCAAUCAUGACGAAGCAAUUCAAAAAAGACUGUGUGAUGAUUUGCAAAGCAAUUGAAGAAUCCAGAGUCUCGCGAACUAUUGGCCGUUGUGAACGCCCUCGAAGAGAGCUACCACCUCUGAUUCCCGCGCCCCCAGGAUGCCGUUGUGUUAAGAUGCUUCAGCAUGAUAUGCCGCGCCAAGCACGUCCUCAGCCAGAGAGGGACAGUUUAUGGACGAGGACAUGGAAUAGAUUGCUAUGCAAUAAAGAUAAAUCUAAACAAAAGAGGCGAGCACAGCGAACCGACCUUUACACUUAUCAGUUUGCGGAGUUGCGCAGAAAUAAGAAAAAUUCAAGAGCAAGUUCUAUCUCAAGCGAAAAUUUCUGCUCCUCGCGAUCAAGUUCGUGGCGUAAUGGACCCCCACCACCUCAUAAUUGUGCCAUACCAAUGCGGUUGAUGGAUUCAAGGAGACGUCAUUCCGCUUGGCUUAUUACACGCAAGACUUCCCAGGAUUCCAAUUUGUCUAGUUCAAGGAACGAUUCGUCGGCCUCGGCCACUACGGCCAGUACUUCGACUUUCAGACUGUCACGAUCUAGCGCAGGCAGUACAACUCCGCUACCAUCUAUCAUAGAAACCAAAUUACAUUCAGUAGGUACCUGUAAAUCCAAUUCGUCUGGCUCUAAGCCUCGACUAGUCCGACAACAGGCCGUACAGGAAGAAGAGGACUCGUCACCACCAAGGCUGGGGGUUCGGUUUCUCCCUACAAUACCAUCGGCCGCCGAUAGUAGUGUCGCGAUGGAAGAGGAUUCUCACGAAAACUCCGCUUCGUCACAGUUCUACACAGUACUUCAAAGUGGCGGAGCUAAGGCAGUAUUAUCUAGUCCAAAGGAUAAGAAGAAGCCACCAUGAAAUGCUGGCAGUUUUCUUCUACUGUAGCUAAGUUUUUAACUUAUUUAAAUAUUUUGUAUAGCUCGUAUUUAUUGUUAUAGUGCAAUGUGUCAUACAUAUGUAUAUGCUCAAGGGAUCUGGAUCUCUCCUUUAUUAAGGGCAGGCGGUCUUUGUUUUUUCUCAGUUUAUUUAUUCAUUUAAAACAAUAAAUCCAACGAAAGUAGUCUGCAAACGAAUUUAACUAUGCAUCAUUUAACUACGCCUACCAACGAAAUCUAACCUCUCAGAAUUCUGCCUCAUACCAUUUGUCAAAGAAUCCAGAUCCUUCCAAACUCUUUGCUCUCUCAUCUCAUUCUAAUGGAACAAAUCAACCCCCUGACGAAUCUCAGUAGUAUAUUUUUCUACGUUUCCUCCGCAAAUGGCAACUUGAGAACUAAAACCAGCUUACAGCCUUUCUAUUGUCGAAGUUGAACAAAGGAUUUUACAAAAUUUUAAUAAGAAACGUUUAGGCGGAACCAUUUAUAACGAACGCAUAUAGUAUUAAUAACUGAUCGUGAUAUAUAUUGUAAAGGAAGUAUGUAUUGUAUUACAAAAUGUUCGAUAUAUAGUUUUUAAGAUUGUAUUUAUGGACAAUGUGCGAUAAUAAAGUGAAGCGACGUGAAGCGCAAUUUCAUGUAAAAGUUGUGUGUAUUUAUAAUAGUUCAUAAAGAAAUAAAACUUGAUCAUUUGUGAA